GCAUGUAACCGUAGGCAUAAAUCGCUCAACUGAAAAAACCUCCUCCUCUCUAUCUCUCUCUUUGUGGUUCAAAAAAAAGAAAAGAAAAGGGAAAUGGCGUUAUCCUACACCACAACAAUUGCCUCUUCACUACUUCACGCAGCAACUCCUUCACUUCCAAAUAAAAAAAGUUUUUGGAUAGAGAAGGAAGCCCUUUUCAGAAUUGCAAGUAAAUUAACAGUACCCAGGAAUGGAAGAAGUUCUUCUGUUGAAUUUGAUGUGCCAUUUCCUCGUGAUUAUGAGGAGCUUCUUGAUCAAGCCAAAAAAGCAACUGAAUUGGCUUGGGAAGAUAACAAACAGCUGAUGGAGAUUGAAUUCCCAACGGCCGGACUCGAAUCUGUACCGGGUGACGGUGAAGGAGGAAUAGAGAUGACUGGAAGCAUGCAGUUAAUUCGUGAAUUCUGUGAUCGUUUUGUAAGUCCAGAAAAGACUACAAGGACCAGAAUUUUCUUUCCAGAGGCUAAUGAAGUUAAAUUUGCAAGACAAUCAGCAUUUGAAGGAUCUUCGCUUAAGUUGGACUAUUUGACAAAGCCAUCAUUUUUCGAGGAUUUUGGUUUUGUUGAAAAAGUCAAAAUGACAGACCGUGUGAAGCCAGAGGAUGAACUGUUCCUAGUUGCCUAUCCAUAUUUCAAUGUUAAUGAAAUGCUUGUGGUGGAAGAGCUUUACAAAGAAGCUGUUGUGGAAACAGCCCGAAAACUGAUUAUAUUCAAUGGAGAACUUGACCGCAUAAGAUCUGGUUAUUAUCCAUCCUUUUUCUAUCCUAAGCUUGCCUCUCUUUUGAAGACACUCUUCCCAUUGAUGGAGACUGUAUAUUACAUUCACAAUUUUAAAGGGCGCAAUGGAGGAACCCUUUUCAGGUGCUACCCAGGUCCCUGGCAAGUCCUACGAAAAGUUAGGAAUGCCUAUAUAUGUUUGCAUCAACAGGAAGCUAUGCCCUCCCUUAAAGAAGUUGCCCUGGAUAUUCUGCCGUCAGUUUGAGAAUUCGUUGUCCAUGUUGCAGAUUUAUAUGUCCAAGGUGUAUAUUCAAGACUCUAGCCUCAUCCUUUGCGCUACCGCCAACUUUUUCUGCUUCAUCCAUUGAAGAAGCAUCCUUGAAAUAGAAAAGGUGUGCUAUUUUUAUUAUUUCAAAUUAUGAAAGACAUGUUUAUCAUAUCUGUUAGUGCUGUUAGCUGUCAUGACUCCUGUUGUUUCUAGUCUCCAGGUUCAAGCGUAAACCAUCUAUCAAUGUCUUGAAAACUCUGAAUGGUAUUCAAAAAACUAUUUCAAUCUGACCAUUUUUACUGUUUGAAUAUAGUGUAUGGUCUGAUAGUUUUGCAAUAGUUUAGAAGUGACAUCCAUGAUUUACCAUUUUUACUCCUGAUAAAUACCCCUAGAUUUGUCUUGCAAUUGGGAAUGAAUUUUGGAAGAACUGCUCAUAAUUGUUAUUCAUCAAUUCUCAACAUAAUUAAGGUGCUUUGAGUCGUUGAUUGUGGUUGGGAAGGUUUUCUUUUCUUUCUUUUUUCUAAUCUUAUAUGCUGUCUUGGUUAUAUAUCUUUGUAGGUGAAGCUUAGAUUUUCUAGCUUCCCCAUCUAGUUUUGGGAGGAGGAAAUUUAGAAGUUUUAAUGGAUCUGUAAUAUUUCCUUUCUGGUGGAUUGCUGAUGCAAAUUUCACAUUGAUUUGACCAAUGCAUAUGACUACAUGAAGUUGGUUUUUGUUUGUGUUGAGAAACCACAUGUGAGUGGGGAAUUACAUUGAUUGGGAAUAAGAAAAAAGGUGCUUAUAUAGAAGGAUGAACCAUAGCAUAAUAGCCUAGACUUCUGAGUUGAAAGUGGUGUCCAUUCAUGUAUGUAAAUCUGUUGUUGUAUGGUGCAUGUGCAGGCUUAGGGACAAACCCUUGUAAUUUCCUGUGCAGAUGGUUGCAAGUUUAAUUUUAUGGGUUGCAGUAAGCAAUGGUUUUGUCCAGGAUGGUGAUAAUGAUAUAGGAAGGCAAAAAUCUUAAGCAAUUGUAUGGUUAACUUUGUUGGGAACUUAGCUCAAACCCGAGAGAAAAAUAAGACACGAGCCACUGCAGAGUUCUCAUUCUCAUUUAAUUGCUGCAAUGAAAUGAAUAUCAAGAUGCCACAGUUAAAGAUUGUAAAAGAUGAGUUGAUGUUUACUGCUUGGUUUGGUUUGAAAGAGAGCAGGUUGAUGAUGAUUUAUGAAUAUGAAUCUGUCGGGUAAUUUUUCCACAGAUCAAUCACUCGUUGUUUUCUGUAUAAAAAAAGAUUGCUGCUUUUUAUGGCUUUAUGCGUGUCAAAUCCGAUUACCUCAUUUUGUUUCCA